AUGUCGAACGAAAUAGAUGCCAAACGUUUGAUUCACGAAGUACGCGUAAGACCAGCUUUAUGGGAUUUAAAUCACGAGGAUAACAAAUCGUAUAACGAAAUUGGUAGACAAUGGAAAGAAGUAGCUGGAGUUCUUGGCGUUGAAGAUGUUGAACAAUGCCGACGUAAAUGGAAGAAUUUACGCGACUCUUAUCGUGCUUUGGUUAAACGUUGCGAGCAACGUAAAGCUCGUGAUUUGCGGAUGGGCAUCAGUGAUCCCAACAUAGACUACGAAAGUAAAUGGGUAUAUUUUAAAGAUCUCAGCUUUAUUAGAGACAAGAAGCGUAAACGUCGUAGCCGCAUUGAAAUUGAACAGGAUCAGAAUACAAAUUCAACAGAUGAUUUUGAAGAAUCUCAUGCCAUUUCCGAAAUUAAAGUGGAGCCCACACGUAUUGGAGACGAUGAAAUAUAUUCAAUAGAGGAAUUCGAAGAUGACGACUGUGUAAUGGAUGGAGAUAUGGCUGAUGUAGAAUUUGAAGAUAUUCAAAAACAAAAUAAUGAUUAUCAUAGGUCAAUGUUGAACGAACAACAUCUCCAACGUAUACCAGCUACAAUAUCUGUCAUCAGUGUACCACACAGUGAAGCGACAAAAAUAACAAAUAAUAUACCAAAGGCAUCGUUAAAGCCUCGAAUGUCAUCAUUGUCUAGUGAUGCCACAAAAUCGGUAAAUAAUUUAACAAUGACAUCUUUAGCAACACCACGUUUGACAUUACCAGUACCACCCACAAUUAAAGUGGCAAUAAUACCAAAAGAAAAUAGUUCGGCAACUCCAAAUGAUAGCGCCAAUAAAAAAGACGAUUGCCAUUGUUCAUCACGAAGUGAGAAUAAUGUUCAUUUUCUUGAAAAUCUUGAACAAGAAGAAAACAAUCUGAUGCAAUCGACACGAGAAGAUAUGAAACGUGCCACAACAGAUCAUAACGGCGAUCCAGAUUAUAAUUUUCUUGUGAGUUUCUUGCCGCAAAUGAAGAAAAUGAACGAUUUACAAAAUUUACAAUUUCGUGCCCGUAUGAGUGACUUGGUAUUGAAUAUUUUGGUACCGCCAAUGCCCAAUACAGUACCACCACCAUUGACGGCAGCACCAACAUCCGUUGGUAAUGCAUUCCAAACUAGUGUUGAUAGACAACAGCACAACCAGCCACCAUAUAAAGUGACUCUGUAA